UACACCGAAGCGCCUAACAGAAGCUCUCUUUGGUGAGGACCAAGACAUUUGCUGUCGGUCGUCCUGGGACUUUAGAGAAGCCGCCCGCAUCAACGAUGGCAGAAAACAAAGAAAGGAGCGCUAAGAAUACAGACGUGAGACCAAAAACCAGCCGGAGCAGAAGCGCAGACAGGAAGGAUGGUUACGUAUGGAGCAGGAAAAAGCUUUCCUGGUCCAAAAGGAGCGACAGCAGUUCCGAUGCCGAAACGGCAAGUACUUCAGGGAAAUCUGCUUUUAGUUUGAGGAACCAGGAGCGGAAACACAGCUGUUCCUCGACGGAGCUGGACCUGGAACGGUCAUGUGGCCACAGGUUCCUAGGCCGGUCCCUGAAACAGAAACUGCAGGAUGCCGUGGGCCAGUGUUUCCCUAUCAAGAACUGUAGCAGCCGGCAUUCUUCAGUGCUCCCAUCCAAGAGGAAAAUCCAUAUCAGCGAGCUGAUGUUGGACAAGUGUCCCUUCCCGCCACGGUCCGAGCUAGCUUUCCGCUGGCAUUUGAUCAAGCGGCACACUGCCCCCAUAAAGCAAAAAUCAGAAAGCUGGCUCAGCGUGGCGUCUUCCCACAGCGAAGGGAAGGAGGGAGAGGUCGAGAGCGCGGACGGAGGAGGGCCGGCGGUUCUGCAGGCUUCCGGUUUCGGCAACAGCCCUUCCUGCAGCUGCGACCCCCAGGGCGAACCCGCCGCGGGCAGGCCAGCAAAGAGCAGAGAAGAGAGCGACAUGGACUCCGACGACGAGGCCGUGACGCUUUGCGCCAGCUCCAGGAAGAGAAACAAGCCGCGGUGGGACCCCGGCGACGAACUGCUGCAGCUGGAAUCGCCCCCGAAAUAUCACACCCAGAUUGACUACGUCCACUGUCUCGUCCCCGACCUCCUCCGGAUCAACAACAACCCGUGCUACUGGGGAGUGAUGGAUAAGUACGCGGCGGAAGCGCUUCUGGACGGAAAGCCGGAAGGGACAUUUUUGCUGCGAGACUCUGCCCAGGAGGAUUACCUGUUCUCGGUGAGCUUUAGGCGUUACAGCCGCUCUCUGCACGCCAGGAUCGAACAGUGGAACCACAACUUCAGCUUCGACGCCCACGACCCCUGCGUCUUCCACUCCCCCGACAUCACGGGACUCUUGGAACAUUACAAAGACCCCAGCUCCUGUAUGUUCUUUGAACCGCUGCUCUCGACCCCCUUAAACAGGACUUUCCCGUUCUCGCUUCAACAUAUAUGCAGAACUGUGAUUUGUAACUACACAACGUACGACGGCAUAGAUGCUCUUCCGGUCCCUCCGUCGGUGAAGUUGUAUCUGAAGGAAUAUCACUAUAAGUCAAAAGUUAGAGUCCUCAGGAUCGAUGUACCAGAGCAACAAACCUAAAAAAUUAGUUUGAAGGGGGGGGGGCGGUUUUGUUCGUUUUUCUUGUUUUGUUCGUUAAGAGCGUUGGAAAGUUAGAAGGUCUGUCUUUCUUGCUGCCAUUUUUUAUUCUGGGAAAACAUUUAUAGUCCAUACAGAUCUCCACCCCGGCCUUAUGAUCAAAAUGGAUUUUUAUUCCCCUAUUCCACCAAGGCAGAUUGUUAGCGAAGAUGUAACGAAAUCUGCAGAUUUAUUGAUAAUAAUACCUUGUAGGGGGGGGAUGGGAUUUCGAGUAGGUUUUUUAAACCUUUUCACUCAAGGUUAAUCUUUUAGAUUUUAAGCUGAAAUCCAAAACAGAAUUUGUCUUUUGUAUUCUGCGAUUUAUAAUACGGUACAGGCAUGUUUGAAACACUGUGCGAAAAGCUACACAAGAGUGACCAAGUUGUAUUUUAUACCUUUCUUUGAAAAAUUAGUACUUUGUCCUCUCUAUAAAAAGUAAAAUUAAUGUCUAUUUAUAA